UUGGAAAAACCAGUAUGUGGUGGCGUGCAGCUACCACACCUGAGCAAGCUGAGUGGCGAAGACACUGCAGGCACCCAACUCCACCCCUUCCACUCCCGUCCUGUUGAGAAAUCGACUGUGAUCCUCAUCGGUGAGGUUCAUCCAAAGCCUGUCCCUCCUCUCAGACACUGAACUGCAACAACAGCUUUUAAACUAGUUUUGUCUGUGCCGUUUUAACUGAAAACCUCUGUCUUCCAUCAUCAGGAAGAGAAGACAGACUGUGAACAAACCUCGCCAUGAACUGGGCUUUCCUCCAGGGCCUCCUCAGUGGGGUGAACAAGUACUCCACAGCCUUCGGCCGAGUGUGGCUCUCUAUUGUUUUCCUUUUCAGGGUCAUGGUGUUUGUGGUGGCAGCAGAGAAGGUAUGGGGCGACGAACAGAAAGACUUCACAUGCAACACAGCUCAGCCCGGGUGCCACAAUGUCUGCUAUGACCACUUCUUCCCCGUCUCCCAUGUCCGGCUGUGGGCCCUGCAGCUCAUCUUCGUCACCUGCCCCUCUCUGCUGGUGGUGAUGCACGUAGCCUACAGGGAGGACAGGGAACGGAAAAACCGGCUCAAGUAUGGCGAAAACUGCCGCAGCCUCUACAAGAACACCGGCAAGAAGCGCGGAGGCCUGUGGUGGACCUACGUCCUCACUUUGGUCUUCAAAAUAGCUGUGGACGCCACCUUCGUCUACCUCGUGUACCACAUCUACGAGGGUUACGACUUCCCCUUGCUCAUCAAGUGUGAGGAGGAGCCCUGUCCCAACAAGGUGGACUGCUUCAUCGCUCGGCCCACUGAGAAACGAAUCUUCACCCUCUUCAUGGUGGUCACCAGCCUGGUCUGCAUCCUCCUCUCUAUUUUUGAAAUCCUCUACCUGGUUGGCAAACGCUGCCACGAAUGUUUCACCACGCUCCAUCACUCCCGCCUUGUCAUGACCAACACGCUGUCCAGUGGAAGCAACUUGAUGGAGUCAAACACUCUAAAGCUGACAGGCAAAAUCCCCCAUCAAACGCAUGCUCCUUCAUACAGCGUCGCCAUAUCUUGAGAUACGGGGAAUAAAAGGCAAAGACGUUAUAGAAAACAAAGACAUGCGAAAGGAAAUGUGCCUCUCCUUACUCGACAGGUACUUCCUUAAAAGACUUGCCAGCAGACCUUUGUCUGCUCAGUGACUGAACUAUGAUGGAGGAAGUUCUUUACUGUUUCUGUGUCCAUUGUCAGAAAAUUUUAAAUCCUGGACGUCAAGAUUUAUGUCAUUGAUCUGGAAUGUGCUCACUGUUGUGGGUUUGGGUCAGAGUAUUUACAGAGAAUUAUUAUUAUUAUUUUUUUUUUUUACAGAUGUUCUAUAGCCCUUGCAAAAUAAAAAAGCAAGUUUGUGUGAUGCAGUGUCAGAUUUAGCCUUGAUACCAAUUACGUGAGUCACUCCGUGGUUUGGAGAGUAUGGUUUUACAAACACAUGUGGUUUUCUGUGUAAGAUUUUCCCUUUGCUCAGUGCCCAACCUCCAUGUGUUUAGUUCAGACUGUGCUGUCUUUUGCCUGCACUCACACGUUCAUGUCUGACUUUUUGUGAAUUCUGUUUUUAACAUAAGAUAUCAAAAUGUUUGAAAUAUUGUGCUGCUGUCCAUGUAAGUAUACUGUUCUUGCCUGUUUUAAGCUGCUCUCUUUAUACAGGCAGAAGAGAGCAAUUAAGUCAAAAUGCAAUGUUGUAAAUACAGUAGUUAAUGACAUCAGGAUGAGCAUAUUUCACAGCAUUAAGGGGCAGUGUGGCUGAAUAGCUGUUAAUGUUAUUUUUCAUUAAAGAUAAAAAGGUUUAGAAAAUGUGGGAUUUUUUUUUUCAUAAGAUUAAGGAAGACAAUUUAGAGAGGUCCAUACACAGUAGUGCAUACUGCAUUACAUUCAGAACAAGUACUGUAACUGUUACACAAUAUGUAAAGAGCCUUAGCAUAGGAAAUAUACUAAAGAACAAAAUAAACCAAAUGAUUUGUUUAUUA